GUGAGCUACAAAGUGCUAGCCAACCUAGACUGAGAGAUGUCACCUUAUUGUGUCAUUCUAGCCGCUAACAUAGACCCGUACGUUUAGAGAAGUACCAAAUCCGGCCACAUAAACGCUUCAUGCUUUCGUUUUGGGUGCAGAAGCGGACUAAAGGGAAGGUAACGGCAAUGUUUUCGACAGAAAACGCUAACAAAGCUACUAGCUGACUGGCUUAGGUAGUAGGUUAGCAUUAGCCGAGCUUACGUUAGCCAACAAUCGUCAAGGAGCGCACCUUUCAUGAACGUGUUGUACGAGAUAAACGCUGACGCCUUUGCGUUGUUUUGCCCAGUGUUACGAGCAGAAGUGAACAGCAUCAAAUGAAAGGUGGUGGAGGUGGAACUUGACCCAAGCAACUGAGUCACCAUUUUCCUGCACAUAAUGGGUUCGAUGGCUCCACUGUAUGCAUGACUUGUUUCGUGUGGCCUGAUGGGAGGACACUGUGGAUAGUACUUUCAUCAGGAUACGAGGAGAGCCAUCCCAUGCCCCCACUUUGGAGGGCCUGUCAGAAUGAAGAAGAUAAGCCUUAAGACCAUCCGCAAGUCCCUCAGCAUAAAGGGCAAAGAGGAGGGUGACUUUGUCAUGCUCCAGCAGCCCUCAGUGACUACAGAGUUUUCUAAGGAAGAGUCACUUUUUGGGGGCUGCUACACCAAAGAGCUUUCUGGCUGUGACCUUGGUGGUGAAGAGGAGAAAGGAGGCCAGAACAAGGGCCGCUCAAAAAGUGAGAGCCUGAUGGGAUCUUUAAAGAGGAGGCUGUCUGCCAAGCAGAAGGUGAAAGUGAAAGGCGGCUCGUCAGCCAUAGGCUCGGUGGAUGACGAUGACACCUUCUCAUCCUCUUCUGUGCCUAUCAGCUUCAAUGAGGUGAAAGCCCAGAGACCCCUUAGAUCUGCAUCCUUACGGAGUCACCAUUAUAGCCCCUCACCAUGGCCUUUGCGGUCAGUCAACUCCGAUGAGGCGUGUAUCAAAAUGGAAGUUAAAGUUAAAGCCAUGGUUCACUCUCCUAGCCCGAGUCCCAACUUAAAUGGUGUCCGGAAAGAAUUUCAUGAUUUCCAGAUGGAAGGGCUCUUUCAGGACCAAGCAGAGUCCUUAAAGAAUCUCCAGCAACCGCAAAAUGGUGAGCUUCAUCUAAAUAUUGAUGAAAAUGACGUGCCUGUCGUGCUGGGGUUGACGCCCCAGGACUACAUCCAGUACACAAUGCCUUUAGAUGAGGGAAUGUACCCGGAAGGGUCCCACUCCUUUUGCCUGGACAGCUCCUCUCCUAUGGAGGUGGUGACAGAGGCAGACAACGGGUCCCUCCACACAGACCAGGGACAGGAGGAACAUGAACUGGUUAGUGGAAUGCCUCCGGAUCUCUUUAUGGAAACCUCAGUUAAUAGUAUUCUUAUCGGUUCUGCUGGUGUAAUGCUCCAAAGCUCCAGAGUAGAGGUUCCGCCUCCCCUCUCUCCACUCUUGCCACCCAUGACAAGUAAUGGCCGUAUCCCCAGGACUUUUUCGGGCUUUAGUUCUUCAGACAGCCAGGUAGCUGAGAGGGUAAGGCACCACCUCAACUUUGACCCAAAUUCAGCUCCUGGGGUCAGUCGAGUAUACGACUCGGUCCAGAGCAGCGGGCCCAUGGUUGUGACCAGUCUUACGGAGGAGCUGAAGAAGCUUGCGAGGCAGGGCUGGUACUGGGGUCCCAUUACACGCUGGGAAGCAGAGGAAAAGCUGGUCAAUUUAGCUGAUGGUUCAUUCCUGGUCAGAGACAGCUCAGAUGACAGGUACCUGCUCAGCCUGAGUUUCAGAUCACAGGGCAAAACUCUCCACACCCGCAUCGAACACUCCAAUGGACGCUUCAGCUUCUAUGAGCAGCCUGAUGUGGAGGGACACACGUCAAUUGUGGACUUAAUUGAACACUCUAUCAAAGACUCGGAGAAUGGAGCUUUUUGCUAUUCCAGGUCUCGCUUACCAGGGUCUGCAACCUACCCUGUCAGACUAACCAACCCAGUAUCUCGGUUUAUGCAAGUGCGCUCCCUGCAGUAUCUUUGCCGCUUUGUCAUUAGGCAAUACACAAGAAUAGACCUGAUCCAAAAACUGCCCUUACCCAACAAGAUGAAAGAUUAUCUGCAGGAGAAGCACUACUGAGGACAUAGAGACAGGACAGUGGUAGCAAUUUGCACUUUUUGUGUUCAGUUAAGAGAUUUAAACAAGGUUUACAGGCAACCACAGUUUUGAGAUGAUUGGUUCUGGUGGCUCUUGGUUUGUGUCCAGGUGACCCUGUCACUGUUCAGUCCUCCAUUCCACUGUUCUGGGGUUGUUCGCUGGUUUUAGGAGGCUCUACUUCCAGAAAUAUAGGCCAGCACAUAAUCUAUUGCAAACAUAUAGCAGAGUUUUACAGCCAAGUAAUCAUAGUUGAAUACAUAAAGUGCAAAUAUUUUCACUUGUGAUGUAUGGCUAUGUGUAAUAUCCAGCUGUGCAAGUAGAGCAGAUUUUUAUCAAUUUACUAUCUGCAUAAAUGUUGGGCCAGUGAGAAAAACUAAACUCCACUCUGAAUUCGACAAGUUAUUGAAUUUUUAUCCAUGAAAUUGUACAUUUUGAAAAUGAUUUCAAGAUGGAAAGGUAUUGCUACAUCAAAUUUUAAGGUCUCUGCAGGCUGACUAGUUUUGAUUGUCUUUUGCUUUUUAACUUUUAAGAUGUUACCAUCUUUUUCGGCAUGAUCAGACCACAACAUAUUUCUGCAUUCAUACUUUGCAAUUAGACAAAGAGAAAGUAAGACUUCAUUGUAUUUGUGAUAAUGGCUGACCUAUGAUGUUCAUGAUAUCCAGAUUUGUGCUAAUUUACAAAGAUAACUAAUUGUUUAACUGGUGCAAUUGCUUCAUAAAGCAUUAUCUGACCUUAUAAUGGCAUGUGACAGCUGACAUACUACAAAUACAUUUGUGCCUCAGUAUUUAAAUGGUACUGACUUUAUUUUUAGGUUGUCAUGUUUGUUACUUUUAGCUAUACUGGUGUACAAAUAUGGACAUUAAUAGACAUGGAUAUUUACUGGUCAGAAAGUCUUACACUAACCAAAGUAAUCAAUCAAAGUUGUGCACAAAUUUAUGAAUCGCUUUCAGAGUCAAGUAUUUACAACAUUAACAAAACUGUAGAGCAAUAGACAUCCAGAAUGUGUCAGUCUGUCAGAGGCUUUAAACAGUUUGGUCCGUGAAGUAGCUUUAAAUUGUAUGGCUGCAUGUAGCCAUUAUACAUUGUGCAAGGUACUCAUAAUGCUGGAUUUUAAUGUCGUGCUGUUUGUAGAAACGACACUAAGUUAAUGUAUAAACCUUUUGGAAAUAUGUUAACGUUAAAGGUUACAUUUUUCUGCAUUAGGAAUGCUACAAAAACUGCACCGCAGCUCAGGCCUAACAACUUUGUCACUAUCUGUAAUGCUUGUAUCUGCAUGUAGUAAAGGCUUUAAGACUGUCAAUUAAAGGCAUUGUAGAGUUACUCUAAAUGAGAGAAGAUGUCACGGUAAAUGAUUGAGAGAUUUUGGCUGUGGUGUUAAAACGCAACUUCGAUUAAAAAGGCUGUUAAAUGCACAGUUGUAUUUACCUUUGGCAGUUUAUAUGUAAAGAAAAUUACCCUCACUUAGCCUGCAACUGAAAAGCAGAUCUCUAGUCAGUUGACCUGAAUCUGUGUGUAGGAAUGGCUGUUUUGUAGUCUCUUAAUGCCAGCAAUGAGCUGGACCCAGAUCAAAGGAAUCUCGAAAAAAGGGUGUGAGCUUAGGUAAACGGAUUUGGGAAAGCCAGGGUUAAGUCCUCCUUGCCAUCUUGGAGCGAUGCCACAGUUUCAGCAUAUGACAAAAGUUCAGUCACAGCUGCAUGGCAUCAUUAGUGUUAUAUGGGUUUUAAGGACAUUUGAAAAGAAGCAUCGAGUUUUUGCCAUUGCUUAUUCACAUUGACCCCCCAGUCCCCACAGAGCUGCACUACCCCACAGAUUAUCUCUCUACUGGGCUGUUUGUGCCGGAGUAAAGGGAAGAGCACACAGUAUGCUACGCAAGUGCUUUAUAUGGAUACUUGACAGGGAAUUGUGUUUUCACAUUAUGAAUGAGCAUCUUUUUUUGACAUCAGUGUCCUUAAAAGUAUUUGGAAAAUGGUCUGUCGGACAACUUUGGUAGGUCGUUAGCUCAUAGUUCUAGUUUUAGUUAGCUGGAAAUGUUGGUGUCCGAGACAGUUACCAUGAAUCUAGCACAGCAGAAAUUAGAUAGGAACUUUGAAUGGUGUUGCAUGUUUAAAGACUUAGCAUUUUAAAGCUUUGAGUUGUAUAGGAAUGAAGGAUUUAGGUUGUGCGUUUGGCUGUGUAGAGAGAUGUUUUUUUUCUGUCACGAACAUUGGCUGGACAUUCUGUGUACAAGAAAUGUAUUUUUCUUUUUAGAAUCCUUGAGUGAUAUUUUUUUUUCUGUUUUGUGACACUUGCCAUCUGGGGGAUGGGGCUGUACAAAAGGAAUGUACGCUUUUUGAGGUAUCCAUUUUAUCUGCCUGCAGACCAGUUUCAGAAAGCAUGGGAAACAUAAAAACUACAUUGACACAUUAUUUGCACUUGAACAUUCUCCAUUGACAUGCUUGGAUCCUUUCCUGCCUAGAGUUGUCCCUCAGAUGGCUGUUUUUAAAAAAAGAAAUAAAGUCAAACAUCUGUCCUUAUGUAUUCGUAUAACUGUUAGAUUAAAAUGUUUUGUUUUAUUCAUGUCUGUGGGAUAUAAAGGGUAAGGCACCAGCAUCAUUUCAAAGCCUCUGCUCAUUGGCUGUCAAGGAAAUGGGAUCAUGGCAAGAAUGUGGAUGUAAAUUUUAUUUUGACUUUUUCUUUUGUGUGUAUGUGUUUCAGUUGAAAUGUGAAAUGUUAGUCUUUUUUUUUUUUUUAAUACAAUGUUAUUUCCAUUUUAAUUUGCGAUUUGUUAUCAAAUUUUGACAAGCAGGAGCCAGUUUCAUAUGGUAUGCUGCUGUGAUUUCUCUAAAUACUAGUUUAAUAUUAAGCAUUAUUGCCUUCAAUGUUUGAUUCCAGAGGUUGAUGCUUGUUCAGACUGCUGAAGCAUUUUGAAUUAAUAACAGCUGGUUAGCACUUAACAAGCUCCAACGUUUUUAUUUUGUGCAUCUCGGUGAGUGAAGAUAAUUGUUUACAGCAUUAUGUUUGGACAUCCCUUUGUUUUUUUUUUUUGUUUAUCCUCUUGUCACAUGAACAUCUUGGUACAAUUUGAAAACUCUUUUUAUUUCUUUUUAAUGUGUUAUACACAUUUGUGCUGCUUAUGGAUAUGAUUGCCUUUCUUGUAUUUAACAAUGGGGAAAUAGAAUGUCACCAAUGUAGAUGUAUGUACACGUAACGACUUUGGUUGUCAUCUUGGGAGAGCAAAGCAGAUUUGCAAUUUGUUAACAAGUGUAGUCAGUUAAAAGAGAAUUAGUAGCGAUUAGUAAACCCUCUGUAGAAUUACCGGUUCACUCCAGUUUACAUUGGUUGUCAACUGUCAACUUUCCAAAGUAGAUGGUCUUUUUGUAUUUUUCUUUUGGAAAAAAAAAAAAAAUCAACAGUGAUUUAUUGCACAUUUUGGAUACAGUUCAAGAGGUUUUUGUAUCUGCCAAUUAUAAAUUAUAAAUAAAACUAUAUUCUAAAAAAAAAAAAAAAA